AUGGCUUUACCGGUACGGAUUUUGUCUCGCUGCAAAGAUGGCUUAAAGCUUGGCAGCAUCAGAUACGCAAGUUCGACACCCUAUGCUGAGACAAGGAAAAACUUAGUUCUCACAAGCGAGACUAAAGUCAUCGUACAAGGUUUCACUGGCAAACAGGGUACCUUCCACAGCCAGCAAGCUCUUGAUUAUGGCACCAAUAUCGUGGGAGGUGUGUCACCAAAGAAAGCUGGUAGCGAACAUCUCGGAAAGCCUGUAUUUGGUUCCGUCAAGGAUGCUAAGGAAAAGACAGGUGCCGAAGCUACCGUUAUCUAUGUCCCACCUCCCGGGGCAGCGGCAGCUAUCCUAGAAGCCAUUGAAGCUGAAAUGCCCCUGAUUGUGUGCAUCACAGAGGGAGUACCGCAACAUGACAUGGUACGCGUUAAACAUGCCCUGCUCCGUCAGAACAAGUCUCGCCUGGUAGGUCCAAACUGCCCCGGUAUUAUCGCUCCUGAGAAGUGCAAGAUCGGUAUUAUGCCAGCCGCGGUGCACAAAAAAGGUUGCAUUGGUGUUGUGUCACGUUCAGGCACAUUGACCUAUGAAGCCUGCCAUCAGACCACUGUUACUGGCCUAGGUCAAACGCUUUGUGUCGGUAUCGGCGGUGACCCCUUCAACGGAACCGAUUUCAUUGAUUGCCUUGAAGUGUUUUCUGAAGGACCCAGAGACUAA